CGCGGAGCCGCGCCGCGCCGCCCCGGCGGGCUCUCCCGGCCUACCCUGAGCCGCUCCGCCGCCGCCGAGAUUUCUGAUUAAAGGGCCUGUGAGCUCCCUCCACUGGCACUGUGGGAAGCUUUAGCCAAGCCAAUGCACCCUGACAACAAACUGCCCAGCCAUGGCAAGGCAGGCAGCAGCAGUGCCCUGGCCCAGCACCACAAUGUGAGCCAAGCACCCACCUGUAACUUGGGCUCAAAGGGUGUGGGGGCAGGCAGCCAUGGCAGCAAGGCCACUCAGAUUUCCCCUGGCAACUCUGGACUGAAAAACAGCCAGAACACUGUCCCAAACUUCAGCUCCUUGAAGGGCAAGGUGAAGCGGGAACGAAGCAUCUCGGUGGACUCCGGAGAACAGCGAGAAGCCAGCACCCCGUCACAGGACACAGAAUCAAAAGGUGAGGUGGCUCCCCGCAGUAAGCGACGGUGUGUGCUGGAAAGGAAGCAGCCAUACAGCGGCGAUGAAUGGUGCUCUGGGCCGGACAGCGAGGAGGACGACAAACCCAUCAGCAGUGCACACAGCUGUAAUGUAGCAGAUCCUGCGAUGUCCGCGGCCCCACAGCUUGGCCCAGGGUCCAACCCGCUGCCUAACCUGAGCGAGAGCAGCGCUUCCGGCGUGCCCCAUGGUGCUGCCCCUGCCUUGCGGGCAGAGGCUGCAGGAGGCGGAGGCGGCGGAACAGGGAAGCAGCCUUCACAGUUUGUUUACGUCUUUACAACGCAGCUUGCUAACACAGCUGCAGAAGCUGUCCUGCAGGGCCGAGCUGACUCCAUUCUGGCCUACCAUCAACAGAAUGUCCCGCGGGCAAAGCUAGACCAGGCACCACCUGCUCCUAAAGUGCUGGGCGUUGCUGAGCCACUUCCAAUGAACCCUCCUGCUGCCAAUACUCCACAGUCCCAGCCACUGGCUCCUCAAGCAAGUCAACCGCAGCCACAGCCUCCCCCACCACAGCCUCCAGCCCCACCACCUCAGGCCAUCAGUCAAACACCUUUGCCUGCACCCAGCAGCCUGCCUCAGGAAGGGACAAGUGAAGAUGGCCGGAGAGAUCUGACUCCCAACUCUUUGGGGAACAAUAGCAGCAACAACCAGCCUGGAAAUAACCAUCCAAAUACGCCCACUGCAUCUGCCAGCACUAUGCAGCCUGGGCAAGUGGACUCCUCUGCCACACCCAGCUCCAGCCUCCUUGGAGAGGGCCCAGGGAUGCCGGGGAAUGGGCAGGCAAGCCUGGGCCCCAGGAACACCAUGAACUCAGAAGGGCUCUCAAAGGAGCAGCUGGAGCACCGAGAGCGUUCUCUGCAGACCCUGAGAGACAUUGAGCGUCUGCUGCUGCGCAGCGGGGAGGCCGAGCCCUUCCUCAAAUCCAGCCAAAAUGCAGCUGAGGGGGGCACUGCCCCUCAGGCACAGGCUGCCCCUGCCCAGCCCCCCGCGCCCCCUGCCAGCAUCAAGAAGUAUGAAGAGCCUCUGCAGUCCAUGAUCUCCCAGACCCAGAGCCUUGGUGGGCCCAGCCUGGAACAUGAGGUGCCUCACCACCCUGGUGCUGACAUGGGCCAGCAGAUGAACAUGAUGAUGCAGCGGCUGAACCAGGACAGCCUGACACCAGAGCAAGUGGCCUGGAGGAAGUUGCAGGAAGAGUACUACGAGGAAAAGCGACGGAAAGAGGAGCAGAUCAGCAUCCAUGGCCGGCCCAUGCAGGAGAUCAUGAUCCCUCAGUCAAUGGGGAGCAUGAUGAUGCGUGGGCCUCCACCACCCUACCACAGCAAGCCUGGAGAGCAGUGGCCACCAGGGAUGGGCAGCCAGCUGCGGGGACCCAUAGAUGUGCAGGACCCUCUGCAGCUGCGGGGAGGGCCACCCUUCCCUGGCCCACGGUUCCCUGGGAAUCAAAUGCAGAGAGUCUCUGGCUUUGGAGGGAUGCAGAACAUGCCCUUGGAUGCUCUUGGGCCCAUGAAUGCCAUGCAGAGGCCAGUCAGGCCCAGCAUGGGAUGGAGCGAUGAUAUGUCUCCUAUGGGAGGCCCUGGGAACUUUCCACAAGGCACCUUGCCCUACCCACCAGGGCAAGGAGACCCAGAAAGGUUUAUGAAUCCCCGUGCCAGAGAGGAGAUUCUGCGGCAUCAGCUCAUGGAGAAACGCCCAGUGGCAAUGCAGAGACCUGUGGGAAUAUCCAACAACUCCAUGAGCCAGGGCAUGGAAAUGGAGAGGAUGAUGCAGGCUCACAGGCAGAUGGAUCCAUCCAUGUUUGCUGGGCAGAUAACGGGUGAGACCCUGAGCAGUGCCCCAAUGGGAAUGGAUUUUGCAGGCACUCGGGGGAUGCUGAGCCCUCCUAUGAGUCAGUCAGGCCUUCGGGACAUGGACACACCCAUGGGCCCUGGCAACCUCAACAUGAACAUGAAUGUCAAUAUGAACAUGAACAUGAACCUCAAUGUCCAGAUGACCCCACAGCAGCAGAUGAUGAUGUCCCAGAAGAUGAGGGGCCCUGAAAUGAUGACCCACCAGGGCAUGAACCCUGAGGAGCUGGCCAGGGUUAGGGCUCAGAAUGGCAAUGGCAGUGCAAUACUAACGGGACCCCAGAAAAUGAUGAUUCCCUCACAGUUCCCCAACCAAGGACAGCAAGGCUUCUCGACAGGGCAAGGGUCUUAUCCCAGCCUGCCCCAGGAGAUGGGCAGUGGCUCAGACAUGUUUAGCCCUGAGCAGGGCACCAUGCCUGUUGGGAGCAUCAGUGGCACCACCAGACUCAGCCACAUUCCUCUGCCUCCAGUCUCCAAUCCCACUCCCACACCAGGGGGAAACCUGGCCAACAUGCACCCAGCACCUUCCCGGGGGCUGGGCCGCCGGCCCUCUGACCUCACCAUCAACAUCAACCAGAUGAAUUCCCCCAGUAUGGGUCACCUCAAGUCUCCCACCCUUAGCCAGGUGCAUUCGCCACUGGUCACCUCCCCAUCUGCCAGUCUCAAGUCCCCACAGACACCCUCGCAGAUGAUCAGCAUGCCACCUUCAAACCAGUCUGGACCCCUCAAGUCCCCCCAGGUGAUGAGUUCUUCCCUCAACGUCCGGUCUCCAACUGGCUCACCAAGCCGCCUGAAGUCCCCUUCUAUGGCUGUUUCUUCCCCUGGUUGGGUGCCAUCACCCAAAGCCACCAUGCCCAGCCCAGGAGUCAACCAGAGCAAGCAGACUCUCAACAUGAACUCAUCUGCUUCCAUCGGAGCUCUGGAGCAGGGUUCUCUCCCUUCUGGGCCUCGGAGCAGCUCUUCUGCACCAGCCAGCAACACCUCUAGCACCAUGAAUCCAAACAUGCCUUUUACUUCCUCUCCAGAUCCAUCCCCUUCCCAGAACCCCCUCUCACUGAUGAUGUCCCAGAUGUCCAAGUAUGCCAUGCCCAGCUCCACACCACUUUACCACAAUGCCAUCAAAACCAUCGCCACCUCUGAUGAUGAGCUGCUGCCAGACAGGCCUAUGCUCCCACCUGGAAGUAUGUCAGGCGUGACGGGGAAUCAGCCAAAUCAACUGCACUUGAACUCUGUGGGGCCUGGAUCCGCUCAGAGCCCCAUGGGAAUGAACCUGCCUGGUCAGCAGCCCCUUUCCCACGAACCACCCCCCACCUCUAUGAUGUCCUCCCCAAACCCUCUGGGCUCCAACAUUCCUAUGCAUCCAAGUGGGCCAGGGGCGGGUGUGCCCCCCCAGAACCCCAUGAUGCUGCCCCCAGGUCCCCAGGACUCAUUGAACCAGCAGUGUGGCCCCGUGCCCAACAGUUCACAGAUGAUUCCUUCCAACCAGCUCGUGUUCCCCCGCAUGCAGCAGCCCCACAAUGCCAUGCCAUCUCCUGCCGGCGGCAUGCCCAUGGCCCCCAGUGCAGGAGGUGGCCCUGGGAUGCAGCAGCAUUACCCGCCAGGGAUGCCCUUGCCACCUGAGGACCUUGCCUCCCAGCAGCCUGGCCAGAUGCCCCCUCAGCAGCACAUGAUGGGCAAGAACAUCCCUCCUCGGAUUGGUGACCCCUACCCACCCGUGCUUCCUGGGGUGGCGUCGGUGCUGAACGACCCCGAGCUCAGCGAGGUCAUCCGCCCCACGCCCACGGGGAUCCCGGAGUUUGACCUAUCCAGGAUCAUCCCAUCGGAGAAGCCAAGCAGCACCUUGCAGUAUUUCCCCAAGAGCGACAGCCAGGCACCCAAAUCUCAGCCUUCCAACCUCCACCUCAUGAACCUGCAGAACAUGAUGGCUGAGCAGCCCCCCGUGCGUCCAGGUAUGAAUGCUCCCAGCCUCCCCGGGCAGCAGGGCGUGCAGAGGGGACUCAGCAUGCCCUUGUGCCAUCCUGGACAAGUGCCCAUGCUGGGCAGGACAGGCAUACCGCCCCAGCAAGGCAUGAUGGGCAAUAGCAUGCACCAGGGCAUGAUGUCUCCGCAGCAGAGCCUGAUGGCCCAGCAGAAUUUCAUGCUGAUGCAGGCCAAGCAGAGAAGCAUGUCUGUGUCAGGGGAGAUGUAUGCCCAGACAGGACAUAUGGUGUCACCUCAGGGCUCUCUCAUGGGCCCCCCGCCUCAGCAGAACCUCAUGGUCGCACACCAGAUGAGGCAGCGGAGUGUCUCCCUGGACAGCCAGAUGAGUUAUAUCCCUGGGCCUGGGAACAUGGCGAACUUGCCUUUUUAACCCUGACUGGCCCUCAGGGCUGGGGCGGGGAUGGGGCUGCGCCUACAAACAUUUUUAAACCUUUCUCUGGGGGCGGGUUGGGGGCCAGUGCCAGUGGAGGACACCACGUGGGAUGCUUUUCAUAUCGGAUUUGCCUCUACACAGCAAACCAGAUGUGCAGUAAACUUGAUGUGAAUUGGGUUUCUUUUUCCUUUCUUUUUUGGGGAAGGGGAGGGUGAAGAGGCUGGGAGUGGGGCUGUUACUUUGAACCCUGAGUGGCAACCAGGGACAUCCAGACCUUGUGGCAGUUUGUAAAGUUUUCACUUAUGGUUUUCCUCCGUCUAGUGUUUUUCUUGCCCUUUUUUCCUCUCUCUUUUUUUUGUCCUUCCUUUUUAAGCAACCAAAAUGUGCAAGAGGGUUUUUGGAACUAGCUGUAAAUAGGUCGCUGGGAAAGGCAAAAUUUGUGCUGGUUUUUAAUUGUCCUGUAUUUCCGUGUUUUAAUAGAAGCCUCAAAACAUGUUUUAAAAAACAGAAAGAAAAAAACAUGCUAAAGGCAACAGUGUACAAGGAUUGAAAUCUCUCCAUGGAGGAGGCAGGAGGAUCCCCAGGGUGCACAGGGUGUUGAGAGAUCCCCUUGUAGAGUGACUCUGUCAGACCUGUGUUAUUCACAAAUCGGAAUGGUUUUCCAUGUGUGUGGAGAAGGGGUGGUGCAGUGUCACGCAGAUCUCAGGUCCCAUGGAUACUAUGCUGAGUACACCAAUACAACCACUGACCAAGGACCAUUGGGCCGGGGGAGGCCGCCAAGCUAUAGCCCCAGUGAAAUGCUGCUGGAGCGGUGAUCAUCUGACAGGGCAGAGGCCACAGUUUUAGAGGAUGCAGCUGUUGCUGCUCUCUGGAGAAGCUGCUAUGUUUGGGAUGGGAAGGAUGCUUGCCCUUCAGCUGGAGAAGCAUGAAGAAUCUGGGCUUCACAGAUGGUAACGUGCUGGACCUGAAGGUCUUGAUCAGCUCUGUCACCUCUAGUCCCUUCUCUUCCCUUCAUGCUAUGUCCCCUGUAGGCAAGAUGUUGUGGUGGGUAGGGACAGAUGGGCUUUGAGGUGAGCAAGGUGAUGCAUUCCAGUGCUUCCAGGAGAGGCUAGCUGGGAACCCUGAUCUUCUGCAGCCUUCCUACACCUGUCUAUUGCCCUUCACCACUGUGUCCUGCUUCCCUGCCAUUGAAUGCUUUCCCAGGUUUUCCUUGUGCUUGUCAGUCCUUCAUCUGUAGAAUUUUGCAGGCAGUCUUCACUCCAUGAUAACCUGAGUUACUGGCAGCAGCCCUGCCCUGUGGCACAGGAGAGGUCCAGCUCUUGAAGAGGACCUGUCCUUGAGUGCAAUACUCUACCUCAGCGUUCAGUGUGAGCAGCAUGGCUGUCCUGUGCUUCAGACGGAAGAGGCCAAGUUGAGUUGCAAUCUCUCAUUCCUAGGCUGGCAAAAGCAUGCCAUUUGGACAACUCUGGCUUUUCUGGAUGCACUCCACCCUCUCCAUCCUGUACUCUAUAAGGUCUUCCUGCAUGCAGCUCUGAUG